AUGGAGUGGCUCAGUCUAUGGACGAUCCUGAGCGCAAUCUACAACAUGAUCCUAGACGUGACUGAGUUCUGGCGAGAUAAACUGGUAUCGUGGUGGCACUCGAAAUCGCCCCGAGACAGGCUCUUCCACACAUUAUCCAAUGCGCAAAGCUACGAAGAAUGGGAAGAUGCAGCCUUCGAGCUAGACGAGCUCCUUAGUAAAGACCUCUGGCGCCAAAACCCCGUCAGCCGACACUAUGACUACAGACUGAUUCUCGGGCGAUUGGAAGCGCUAAUGAGCGCACGGGAAUCAGAAGAUAUUCUCACGCUCGUCAAUCUACUGCGAUCAGGACUAGUGCGGAAUCUAGGGAAUAUCACAUCGACGAAAUUAUUCACGCACGCAUACGCAGGGACCAAAUUGCUUAUUGAUGAUUAUAUCACGCAGGUUGCGCUGUCGAUUCAGUACGUGACUGGUGUUCAGCCUACGCAUGCGAGUGGGUUUACCUCUCAGGCGAAACUUGAGUUGUUGCAUGAUACGCGGCAAGCGUUUGGGCGGACGACGCUUUUGCUUCAGGGUGGAUCUGCGUUUGGGCUUUGUCAUUUGGGGGUGGUGAAGGCUUUGCAUUUGCAGGGUCUUUUGCCGCGGAUUGUUACGGGGACUGCGGCGGGGGCUUUGAUUGCAGCGCUUGUGGGGAUUCAUUCUGAGGAUGAGUUGUUGCCGUUGCUUGAUGGGGCGGGGAUUGAUCUUUCUGCCUUUGAGAGGAGGAAGAAGGCUAAUGGGGUAGAAGGGAAUUCGGAUUCCUCGUGGCUUGGCACGUUUUAUCGUCGGAUGAGACGGUUGUUCAGGGAGGGAUAUCUGUUUGAUGUUGCUGUUUUGGAGGAGUGUGUGAGGGCUAAUGUGGGGGAUUUGACGUUCGAGGAGGCGUAUGCGCGAUCGAAGCGCAUUUUGAAUAUCACUGUUGCGACGACGGGGAAGAACGGGACGCCGAAUUUGUUGAACUAUCUCACGGCGCCGAAUGUGCUUAUUUGGUCUGCUGCUGUGGCGUCUAAUGCCUCCUCUUCUGCGGCCCUUUAUUCGCCAGUCACAAUCUACUGUAAAGACGAAAUGGGAUCUAUUGUCCCCUGGCCACAUACGCAAGAUGCUAUUUUCCGCCCAUGGCGACAUGUCAACUACAACGAAGGCGAAUCGCCUCUUUCUCGGAUCUCUGAACUCUUCAACGUGAACCACUUCAUUGUCUCACAGGCCCGGCCAUACCUUGUUCCCUUCCUGCGAUCAGAGCUCAAUCUCUUGGACAGGAGGCAGACAGGCUGGAACAACCUAUCUCGCUCAGCUACGCGGCUCAUCAUCGUGGAAAUCCGUCACCGACUCAGGCAAUUGGAUUACCUGGGUCUCUUACCCUCACCACUCAACAGAUUACUCAUCGAUGAAACAAUUCCGGGUCCUAACCUGACACUCGUCCCGGACUUGUGUUUCUGGGAUAUCAGAAAACUGUUCCAAAGCCCCACGAGAGAGCGUGUUGCGGAGUGGUCGCUCAAAGGCGAGCGAGGCGUUUGGCCUGCCGUGAGUGCGUUGAAGGUCCGAGAGGCCGUAGAGAUUGAGUUAGAUAGGGGGUAUCAGCUUGUCAGGAGGCGGAGACCAAGUGAUGCCUCGGUGUCUGUGCCCAAGCAGCCCAAUCUUAUGAAUGAGGGAGUUCCACGGAGGAGGAAAGGCAGUGAUAAUGAGGAGGGUAUUCUUGCUGAUCGGGAAUGA